UGGUGAAGUACGUCCUUUAUCCAGUCUUCCCCAGUGUAAACGUGAAGAGAGAGUGACGGAAAGUACCCAGGAUUCACGGCGUUACAAUGGCUCUCUACUCAAAACGAAAGUGAAACUACACAGACGACCACCGAGUCAUUGUAGGCGGUUUGACUGGACAAUUUUGACCAAACAGCAAAAUAAGCUGAGCAAUGAGAUGCAGCUGAUCAUCAUGAACAAAGUGAAGAGAGGAGAGCUGUCCAUCGACGACGCUCUGAACCAGGCCAGAAAAGACCGCGAGCAGCUGCGCAAACAAAAGAGCUCUGAACAGAUCCCAGCUCAGAACGUCACAUUGCAGGAGCCGAAGCAGACCCUGUACAACUUCAGUGUUCACAAACAUGGACGCUACAGGUGGCAGAAACGUGUUAUACAGUUUGACUUCAGCACCAAGUUCCUGUGCAGUAUUGAGAAGGGCAUCGUCAAAAGGCAGCUGCCCUUCUCCAUCGUGAAGAGCUGUGAUGACGGAGCAGGUUCCAGGUUCUCCAUCUCCUUCAGAGGUCACCAUGACUAUGAGCUGGAGGCCACGUCUAUGGAGGACAAGUACAAGAUGAUGGAAUUGGUGAACAAAAUAAUUUAUGGAAACAUCUACACGGCUCAUGAAGAGGGCAGUGCAGAAACCGCUCAGCCCUCCACAGCGCCGCAGAGUGUCCGAGAGGGGGUACUGCUGCUGCACAGGGGCGGCCUGGCCUCCUUCAGAUGGGUCAAGUAUGAGGUGCAGCUCCACCCUGGUCAACUGGUUAUGAACCCUGUCAAACGCAGAACCACAGCGGAUGGAGAGACGGCGCCCCCUGUCUCCACCGUGAUUCACCUGUCGGACGGAAACACCACAGUCCAAAAAACGCAAAGCCCAGAGACCUUCAGCCUCAUCACCAGCAAAAAUGAAUACCAUUUCAGAAUUCCACCACAGGAGGCAGCAAACAUCUCCAUCUCUGUCAAAAGUGAGCGCGAUGCGUGGGUCCAGGCCAUCGAAAAACUGUGCACAGACUGGAAAAGAAAAUCCAGCGCGGGCGGACCUAGAACUUCACUACGACACACUAGCAUAGCAGAGGAGGAGGAGGAGGAGGAUAGCGAAACAGAGCAAGAACCGGCUAGCACGGUGGCUAAUAACGACGCGGAUAAUGCAACUUCUGCUAAUGUUAACUCAGAACCUAUUUACAGUGAAGUAUUUAAACCGGUACCAAGGCCUCGCGCGAAUGCAGCUGUUCCAAGCUCUUCAAGCGAAUUACCAUCUGAUGAUAACACUCUCCCUUACUUCAUCCCUCAACCGAUCAAACAAAAUUCCGUUCCAAAUUCAACUAUAAACAUCAAAUCUCCUAUCAACGUUCUACCAGCGUCGCCAUUUAGUCCCCAUUCUACUGUUAUCCUAGCACCUGACUCUCCCACUACUCCUACACUCCCACCUCGAUUAAGUGACGUGCCAAAUUCCAACAGUGAUUCGCACCCACAACCUCUAGAUCCAGUCUUACCUUCUUCGGCACCUUCUCCUUCUCCUCCUCCUCUACCUCCCCCUGCGUUCUCGGAUCCUACUCCUCCUCAGUCCGUCAUUCCUCCUCCUCCGAUGCCCCCUCCCCUACCCAUGAAACCAAAACCGCAGACGAAUCUAACCAAGCCCUUCCACUGGGAUGUGAUUGGUCCAGAUAAGGUCUCAAAGUCGAUCUGGUCCCAGAGUGGGGGUAAGAAGAUUGAGAUUGACAAGUCGCGUUUGUUCGAACAGUUUGCAGUGAAGAAUUCAGGGACCGUACACAGCAUCAUGGAGCCCAUUCACACACAGAACAUCAUGCUCAACCACAAGAUCGCUCAUAACUUCAAUAUUUUCCUGAAAAGCUUCCCCGUGGGUCCAGGCGAGCUGAAGGACAGACUCUUCAUUGUGAAGAAGGAGGAUGGAGGACUGUCUGACGAGCACAUCACAGCGCUCAGAAGGUACGUUCCGACCAUAGACGACGUGGAGAUGUACAGAUCGCACAAGGGCCCAGUGUCGGAGCUGCACGUGGUGGACCAGUACAUGAUGGAGAUGUGUAACAUCCCGUACCUGAGUGUUCAACUGGACCUGCUCCUGACUCUGAGAGAACUCCCUGUAUCUAUGAACGACCUGCAGCCGCUGAUUAACCAGAAGAUGCGGAUGUGCCAGCAGCUCCAUAACUCUCGUUCUUUUGUGUCUGUGCUGGAGUACCUCCUCGCCAUCGGGAAUUACCUCAAUGAACACGCAGGCAAAGAGAAGGCCAAAGGAAUCCGCCUCUCCACCUUAACCAAAAUGGCACACCUCAGAGGUAAAGACAAAAACUACACACUGCUCAAUGCUUUGGUGGAGCAGAUCCUGUGGCACCAGCCCUCCCUCACCGCCUUCACUGAGGAACUGGCAGAGUUUGAGUCUGACCCAGGAGCCUCCAUCAAAGGUCUAACUGCAGAAGUAGACGUUCUGAAGAACGAGUUACAGAAAAUCAUCCAGUACCGAAAGGCGUCCAAGAAGAGGAAACUGGGAGACACGCACCCCAACUUCUUAAAAGACUUGAAGACUGUGAUUGAGAAGCACCAGUCGGACCUCUCCGCUCUGACCAAGACGUGUGAGGAGAUGAAGAAACUCUACUCUGUCAUUCUGGUGAAAUUCGGUGAGGCUCCGGACCUGGACUCUCAGGAGCUUUUCGGGGUGAUCUGUCAGUUUAUCCACGACUUCAAGAGGGCUCACGCUGAAACUGUAUGAGCCAAAGUUCAACUGUGGAUUCAACCUGACGCACCCCAAAGACUGCGCUGGUAUACGGACGCCUCAUGUUUACAACAACAAGUCCGGCUAAGGGGCUCCAAGGUGAAAGUGGAUCAACUACACAAAUGCAAUAUUAAUGUGCUUCAACUAGAGGAUGAAAAAUAAUAACAGAAAAUCUUCGUGUGUAACUAUUGGCUUUGGAAUCAGGGAGAUACAGGUGACGCUAUUUUAUGACCUAUGUUCUAAUGUUGUUUCCUCAUCACAAACAGAUCUGGAGUUGUGUUUUGUUUGCUUCACACAUGUUUAACACACAAACCCUGCAUAUUGAGGCUGAGUUCUUCUCUCAAAUGUAAAACACUCUGUUCCACUUUGUAAUGUCAUGUGAUAAUACAGCAGUCCUUCUCAAAUAGUUGGACACGUGCUGCAAUGCCAGGGGGGAAGUCUGUGACCUUGAGGGACAUGCUUUUUUUCCCCCCCGUACUAGAAUAAAGUGUAAUUGCACGUCCACUGCAGUAGUUGGCAGUGUCGCUCUCAUUGUCAGAGUGUGUGCAGGGAGCAUUAGCGCUAUAGUGUCGGGUUUUUUGCACCGAGCAAAUCCACACGGAGCACAGAGCAGGAAAUAUGAAGUGCAGUGAAUAAACUGUAUGUAAAGUGUAUGUCGCGCUCGGCGUCACUGUGAUGGCAGGAAACGAAGAAAGACCGCUGAGUUUACUGUGUCUAAAAAUGCUGGCAGCGGACAGCAUGAAGACAAAUAAAUUACGGCGUCGCUUAAAGACAUUACUACGGAAGCCGAGAGGGGUCACAACAAAUGCCGCAACAAAUACAAAUGCGACAACACAAAAAAAAGCCACAACAGAAAUGACAGCGGGAUUCUUAUUUUAAUGCAAACGCCGCAACAAAUACAAACGCCACAACACAAAUGCAAAUGUCACAACACAAACGCCGCAACACAUUAAAAAGCCACAACACAUUAAAAAGCCACAACGGA